GGGCGCGCGGGGCUGCGGCGGCGGCGGCGGCGGCGGCAGCGGCGGCUCCGGCCCCCAGAUCAGACUUCCCCUGUCAUUACUUGGCGCGUGGGAACGAGUCCACAGUCCCUUGUCCGCCCUACAACCCCCAUGGGCUGCCGCCCGCCGCCGCCUCGGCUGCCACCCAGGACACGGCAGAGAUAAGCGCAGUCCCUUCACUGCCCUUCUCCAUCUCUUCCUCCUUGUUCAUUUGUCCCUGUUCUCUGUCCUCUACUCCAUUCACGCCCAUCUCUGUCCCCUUGACUUACCCAGUCCCUGUUACUAUCUCCAUCCCUAAUUUCUGCCCUCUUGUCUGUCCACUCCUAAUUCCUUUUCCUUGUCCAUCCCUCUCUAAUACCUGUCACCUUGUCCUUCUUCCUCAAAUCUCCAUCCCUAAUCCAUCUGCCCCUAAUCUCUGUCCCCUUUGCCCAUCCUUCCUUUGCUCGGUGUCUCCUUCCACCCUUAUCUCCACACCUGCCCACCCUGCUCUCCCAUUCUGUUUCCCAUCUGCACCCUUGCCCCAUCCCUCCCACACAUAGGACCAGACGGCCACCAUGUCAGGAGACUACGAGGAUGACCUCUGCCGGCGGGCACUCGUCCUGGUCUCAGACCUCUGUGAGCUGGUCCGAGAUGCUGACACCAACAACAGGUGCCAGGAGUUCAGUGACCGAAUCCGAGGCUAUCCCCGGGGUCCAGAUGCAGACAUCUCCGUGAGCCUGCUGUCGGUCAUCGUGACUUUCUGUGGCAUUGUCCUUCUGGGUGUCUCUCUCUUCGUGUCCUGGAAGUUGUGCUGGGUGCCCUGGCGAGACAAGGGAGGCUCGGCAGUAGGUGGUGGCCCCCUGCGCAAAGACCUGGGCCCUGGUGUCGGGCUGGCAGGCCUGGUAGGCGGCGGCGGGCACCACCUGGGUGCUGGCCUGGGUGGCCAUCCUCUGCUGGGCGGCCCACACCACCAUGCCCACACCACCCACCAUCCACCCUUUGCUGAGCUGCUGGAGCCAGGCAGCCUGGGGGGUUCUGACACCCCUGAGCCCUCCUACUUGGACAUGGACUCGUAUCCAGAGGCUGCAGCAGCUGCAGUGGCCGCUGGUGUCAAACCGAGCCAAACAUCCCCUGAGCUGCCCUCCGAGGGGGGAGCAGGCUCUGGGUUGCUCCUGCUGCCCCCCAGUGGUGGGGGCUUGCCCAGUGCCCAGUCACAUCAGCAGGUCACAAGCCUGGCACCCACCACCAGGUACCCAGCCCUGCCCCGACCCCUCACCCAGCAGACUCUGACCUCCCAGCCGGACCCCAACAGUGAGGAGCGGCCACCCGCCCUGCCCUUACCCCUGCCUGGCGGCGAGGAAAAAGCCAAACUCAUUGGGCAGAUUAAGCCCGAGCUGUACCAGGGGACUGGCCCUGGUGGCCGGCGGGGCGGGGGCGCCCCAGGCUCCGGAGAAGCAGGCACAGGGGCACCCUGUGGCCGCAUCAGCUUCGCCCUGCGGUACCUCUAUGGCUCAGACCAGCUGGUGGUGAGGAUCCUGCAGGCCCUGGACCUCCCUGCCAAGGACUCCAACGGCUUCUCAGAUCCCUACGUCAAGAUCUACCUGCUGCCUGACCGCAAGAAAAAAUUUCAGACCAAGGUGCACAGGAAGACCCUGAACCCCGUCUUCAAUGAGACGUUUCAAUUCUCGGUGCCCCUGGCCGAGCUGGCCCAACGCAAACUGCACUUCAGCGUCUAUGACUUUGACCGCUUCUCGCGGCACGACCUCAUCGGCCAGGUGGUGCUGGACAACCUCCUGGAGCUGGCCGAGCAGCCCCCUGACCGCCCGCUCUGGAGGGACAUCGUGGAGGGCGGCUCGGAAAAGGCAGAUCUUGGGGAGCUCAACUUCUCACUCUGCUACCUCCCCACGGCCGGGCGCCUCACCGUGACCAUCAUCAAAGCCUCUAACCUCAAAGCGAUGGACCUCACUGGCUUCUCAGACCCCUACGUGAAGGCCUCUCUGAUCAGCGAGGGGCGGCGUCUGAAGAAGCGGAAAACCUCCAUCAAGAAGAACACGCUGAACCCCACCUAUAAUGAGGCGCUGGUGUUCGACGUGGCCCCCGAGAGCGUGGAGAACGUGGGGCUCAGCAUCGCCGUGGUGGACUACGACUGCAUCGGGCACAACGAGGUGAUCGGCGUCUGCCGCGUGGGCCCCGACGCUGCCGACCCACACGGCCGCGAGCACUGGGCGGAGAUGCUGGCCAACCCCCGCAAGCCCGUGGAGCACUGGCAUCAGCUAGUGGAGGAAAAGACUUUGACCAGCUUCACAAAAGGCAGCAAAGGACUAUCAGAGAAAGAGAACUCUGAGUGAGGGGUCUGGCCUAGGCCCGGGAUCGGACCAGGCUCCCUCAGGACCCCAUCCUUUCCUGCCCGGACCGUGAAUUCAUCUCCUUGAAGCCAUAACGUCUGAGCUGCUGGUGCAGGGCAGCCCUGGCCCUAGGCUUCCUACCCCUGGAAGCGAAAGGAUGGGAGGAGGCCAGCCCAGCUCCUUCUUUCAGGGUGGGGGGCAUUCAGCCUCCACUGUGUCUGUCUUUUCUUCCCUGGGGCUCCCCCUUGAGGCGAGGGGCCAUGCAUGUCUGGGGGACCCCUGCCCCCCAAAACCCUCUGUCUGUCUCUGUCACUUUGCUGUUCGUCCAAGACUUGGUGUCCCGACCCUUGUUCUUGCUGUGAAUGUCAAUGAGCCGAUCCUCUCUGUCCUUUCAGACACACACACACCUGUGUCCACCCCUUCUGUUCGCCACACCCCGCGUCUGGCCGGUCCCCCCACUGCUGCUGCUAUCAACGCCAGAAUAAACACACUCCGUGGGUCUCACUCCA